CUGCAGGACAUUUACAACCGUCAGUUAUCAAAAUGUCAUGUUUCUACGCUCUGUUCGUCCUGGCUGUCGUUGGAGAUUGGUGCAUGUGUGCAGCUGAUGUUGGGGAUUUCGCUCCAUGCCUGCAGUUUUUCUACAAGUCGUGGCCUCCUAAAGGUCUGACGGGGACGCCGAUCUGCCAAUGUUACUAUAACCAGUACCGCUAUGCCACACUGUACAGUCGACCUCGCCGCUCUCCGUGGUUUUCGGCUUAUUUGUACUCUGCACCAGAAGGAAAGAGACCCACCGCAUGUUGGAAGUUUGAGCCACAGUUAGCCUACCCAGAAGCUGACGGCAACAUGAUCCCGUUCCCUCCAGGCCCUCUGGACCAGAAGGUGGUGGACAGCCAGGGAGUGGACCUGGACUACAUCCACUCCAACUUUUCUCGUGGCCACUUGAACCCGAGCCUCCACCACCAGAGCCACGAGGACCGCUCAGCCACCUUCACCCUCACUAACGUGGUCCCGCAGAAGGCGGGCUCUAAUGACGGGCCCUGGGAGGCCCUGGAGCAGACUGUCAACAAAACCUUAGCAGCCUACUGUCUCGGAGAGGCGUACGUAGUGACCGGCAUCAUCCCGUACCAGGGCGGCGAGCGCUGGAUCAAGAAUCACCGCGUGGCUGUGCCGGAGUACAUGUGGUCCGCCUACUGCUGCCCAAAAUACAACAGCAGUCUUCCAGAAGAAGUGAAGGAUGCUUUUCCCACGUACGCUGCUAUCGGACGCAAUGACCGCAACAGCACCGAGGAGAUUGUACCCGUUAGCCCGACGACGAAGAAACAGUUCAGAGGAUACGACGUGAGAAAGAUGCCACUGGAAACACUUGAAAUGCACCUGAAGGACAGGUUCGGGACUGUCGUCAGUGUUUUCUAUGAGCAGUGCUCCGAGUCAGACUGAUCCUGCAGGUUUUAGACAAAACUACUUGACUAGGACUGUAAAAGAUUGAGGUGAUGGUUCAGGGACCAUAAAGGACUGCUGUUUCCCCAGACGAUGUUUAGAAGCAAAGGUAGGAGGAAAAAAACGCAAAAGAAUCACCUCAUACCUUCAGCAUUUCUGUGAAUUUUUUAUAAAGUUAACGGAGGAACCAGCACCUUUUCAUCUUAAGUCGGCAGAUGUUGCCACUUAAGACCAAGAGUUGACCGUGACCAGAGCGUUCUGAGACUGAGACAAGACCAAAGUAGGGCAGGACCGAGCCUAGACUGAAACUACAUUAAACAAUUUUCCUCAGAUUAUUAAGAAAUACUAACAAAUACAAGCAAACACUGACACCGACUUCUAACCGAGUUUGAUGCUGUCUCAGUAAGGCCUUUUUUUUUGUUGUUUUGCAGAUGAAUACUCUGUGGUUGAGGUAGCCAAACUUGAUUACAGAUGAAUUAGCAUCUCUCUGUAACGAUGCAUUGCGAGGCAGUUAUAAAAAAUAUAUGAGUUCGACGUCCCAGCGCCAUGUCCGAGACUAGAGACAGCUCGCCGACGUAAAUAAGACGAAGCAAAGGCUCCGCGGCAGGCAGGUCUGAAAGAGUGUGGCAGCAUUUGAGCUUCCUCAAGUCCUCAAGAUAUCAGAAAAGACAAAAACAGAAAAUACGGCAAGAGGGUGUUGAACUACACAAAUAGUACAACAAAGAUGAUGCAGCAUGUGAGCCGCUUCGUUGUGUGGUGCUCCGGUCAGCCCCGCCUACGCAAGUUACCCUUUAACAACGAAAAAAAACCAAAAAUAAAACUACACAGCCAAACCACACUGUGGUUUUGGGGACACUGUGUAUUUCCAGAAACGCAUUCAUUGCAUAGUCUGUGUUUUGCAUUUCUACUCUACCUCACAAAUAAAAAGGGAUUCUUUGAUUUGAUAUGGAAAAGAAAAUUCUAGUAUUAUGUAUAAUUGUUUGUUUGAAGUAAUUAAUUGAAUAUUUUUCAGUCAUAAUUUUUCUAUAAUCUCAUUUUUGUGUUUCAAAAAAAUUGGGGGGAAAUCGUAUUGUGAAACCGGUAUCGUGAGUUGAGUGAAUCGUCACAUCUCGAACGACCACACUGCUUCUCUUCGUGUCGUCUUUGUGGAUCUGCUCCCACAUGGGUGAAGGAUGGCGGUCGUUAUCGGUGACAAAAAAGCAAACUACAAAUGACUCGCAUGAUUGUCUCAAACUGAAGAAGGGUGUUUUACGGCCAGUCAUAGUCAUUAUGUUAACUGAUGAAUCAUUUGGGAUCUCAAUUAAAAAUCUGCUGCGUUUCAGACUGAGACAAGAACAUUGUGAUGUUUAGAAAGAAUAAACUGGCCAUUUUCUGAAACUAAACGCUCCGAAUGACAAUAUUUUUAUAUAGAAUUUGGAAGAAAUGUUGUUGAUAGUUUACAGAAUUAAACACAAAUGUUCAUUUCACUCAAACACAUACGUACAUAUAAAUACUUUAACUACAGAAACUGAUAAUUUUGCAGUGUUCUCUGAAUUUUUUCCAAAGUACUAUUUGUAUAUUAUGGUAUUCCUAUAAAUGUGUACAUGGACCAGUAGGUGGUGACCUUGUGCAAUAAACGUCUGUGAGUUCUGCUGACUGUAAACUGCGACGAGACGAUCAUUAAGUCUUAACUUUAUAGAAUUCAGAGGUAAUUCAAAGAGACACCAAACCUCAUUAUUUUGGUGAUAAAUUUGUUUUUUGUCUUACUAUUUAUCAAGAACUCAUCAUCUUUAAAAUAGAUAAAUAAAUAUCAUUAUAUUUAUUCCAUGAUGUUUAAUUAUUUUGU